AUGGACCUUAUAAAAAAGAUGUUGUCUAUACCACCUGAACUACCGCUGACCUCUACUCAAAGCUUUACAUUCAUAUCUGCUUUUCUGGCGUAUUUUAUCGCGGGACUAACCAUGACCUUCGCACCUGAUCUCUGGAACAUGAUUCUACAUAUGGAUUUUGGCGCCGGCGGUAGAGGAUUUUUUAUUCUCGUUGGGUCCGGAAUGGUUGACAUAGGCUUAUGUCUUGUGGUUUUGGCCAGAAAUAAAGCUAGUCAAGUGCCAAAUGCCGGGCCUUUGCUUGUAACUGUGUUUAAUCGACUGGUGUUGGUCAACGGAGUUUUAAUAGUAUUAUAUAGCCAAGGAAUACUCAACGCCCGUUUUGCUGGGAUGAUAAGUGCACUUGACAGCACGCUAGCUAUUGUAACCUAUGUUAUCUGGGCGGAAGAGAAUACAGACUCAUCCUUAAUCAAAUUUUUUCAACAUAUCUGGUCGGCAAUAAGUCGCUUUUCCCUAAGGCCACAUCAGUACGCGAUAUUUCAACUCCUUGGCUUUGUUCAGCUCAUUGUGAGCCUUACGGCCCCUUCGAUCUUAUUGUCCAGUGGUAUUGUUCCUAGUAGUAUCGUAGGACGUCAUGCAGAAGGCUUAUUUCGUGUUUAUUUCGUCAUUGUUCUAUUUCACGCUCUUUUUCAUGUUUUGGCAGCGGAUUCACAAAAUUAUGCAAUAGCUUCCGUGUUCUAUCGUUUGACCUGGAACAUUCCCGUUUUUCUCGUGCUUGGCCUUACUGCUCAAAUAUCUGCUGAACUGGCUAAAACUUUUGUUAUGUAUGACGUAAUGUUCAUUCUGUUACAAUCACGAUUUUCACAAGAGGAAAUCACUCCAAGGCAAAGUAAAUACGUUAGGCUUGAUAUAUCAAUCCUUGGAAAAUCCUUUUAAUAUACAAGAAUUGCAAAGACAAAACUUUAUCAUCUAUAUGAAAAAUCCCACGGGACCAUUCAUGGCCACGGAAAUAUUAAUUAACGAAAUAAUUCAAACUUUCAUUUUGAUCUGACGUGCGUCAUUAAAAAAUCCAAUUUUAGAAAAACAAUGCGCUAUAUCGCUUUAUUUUGUCCAUUAACCUAUGUUCAAAUUUUACAUUCUUUUUUUUAUUACUAAUUAAAAAUGUGUCAUUAUUGUGGGUCGUCGCACGCUUCUUUUCGAAUUACACGAAACAACAGGCCAUUUUAAUGUGAAUCAGUUCCUAUGGACUAUGGGUGUGUUAAUUUGACUUAAUUUGAAAGAGGAAAUAUUAAAAAACAUGACCAGUCCGAUAUCUCCUGCAUAAACCUAAAAAUACAAAGUUGAAAAAUUUUUAAAUUUUGUACACCUAAACUUUUCGAUAACUGUAUCGAGUCCCUAAUUGAAUAUGAUAUUAAUUACCCUUGCGAAAAUAACUUUAUUAUAUGGACAAUGGUGUUUUACUGGAAACUAAAACACUCGUAGAACUUAUACGUCACUACAUCCGGGACCAGGUGCGCGUAUUUUCCGUAUUUCACCCCUGCUAGUGACAUACGAAGUUCGAAAAUUUCCCGCCAUUUUCAUUGUUGUUGUUUUGAAAAUACAAAUGGUCUUUGGUUCGUAUAUAAAACGAAAUUAACGUUGGAAAUAAAACGAAAACAUUUAAAAGACAUCUUGAGAUAAGUAAAAUUUAUUCUAGUUUUAUGUUUGCACUACAAUUAUAAAAAAUAUCGCUUUUAUACUGCAUUACUGCAGGUCUUUGACGAGCUUAUUUACAUGUCGUCUUUGUGUGUAUUUUUGUCACUCUGAAUAAAGGCGGAUUUCCAGUCCUCGCACGAAGCUCCUCGCAGCGCUCGCUGCGAGUGAUGCAUGAGCACUUUCAUCCAAUCACAAUGCUAAACAGUUCAUUUUAAUUAGAUGCAAGCACUCGCAGCGAGCUGCGAGAAGCUUCGUGCGAGGACUGGAAAACCGCCUUAAGUCCAUAUAAUAGACAGAACAUUAAACGGUUGCGAGAAGAUAUGGAUUUAUGUUCUCGUGUCAAAAACAAUAUCUCACUCGUUCGCUGCGCUCACUCGUGAGAUAUUGUUUUUGCCACUCGAACAUAAAAUCCAUAUCUCUUCGCAACCGUCUAAUAUCCUAUAUAUAUUAUAUUGCUAUUUUAAAACUAUUUUAUUACUAUCACCCCUAUUUUUAUGCUAUUUUAUCGAGAGGCAACCCUAUUUUAAUUCUAUCAUAAUAUUUCAUAUUUUAUUAAUGUUUUACUUUAUUUUAUUCCUAUUUUUAUAGGUAAUAUAAAUAAAAUCGUAUAUUUUAAUACUAUUUUCCAGAGCCUCAGCGAAAAAAUAGGUUUAUUAUAUAUCAAUGGUCAAAGUCGCAUUUUCUAGUGUUUUAUUGGUUGAGAGCAUAUCACGUGAGAGUGACGAAAUUAGGCUGUCUCCCUCGCAACAGCGCGAGAGGGAGAUAAUACGUACGUUAUCGACCGGCGAAUAACAGAAAAAAAUCACGUGCGCCAUCACGUGAAGAUGCGACCUUGGCUUUGGACAUGCCUAGUACGUAAUUAAAACUUUCGCUUUAAGUAACUGCAGUGUAGCCAGUGUUUAAUAUAACGUUUUAACAAUAAAAUAUUUCAUGUAUUUACGUCCAUUUGUUCUUUAAUUUGUUGUUUCUUUGACUAUUGAUAUAUAAUAAAACACUUAUUUACUGAGACCUCGGGAAAGCAGUGCCAGUGUGUUUUGUGGACCCUCGACCGUCGACGGUCUUGGGUCCACAAAACACACUGUUUCCCUCGGUCUCAGUAAAUAAGUGAUAAUUAAAAUAGCCUAUUUAAAUUCUAUUUUACUUCACUAGAAAGCAGUUAGAAAUUAAAAUAGAUAUAAAAUAUACUAUUUUUAAACUCAUAAAAUAAAAUAGGCUGUUUAAAUCCUAUUUUACAUUGCAAGUUAAAUGCCCAAAUUUCAAACAGGAAUAAAAUAUAUUAUUUUAAUCCUAUCUUUCUUUCAUCGUUAGCAAAAUAACAAUAAAAUAGACUAUUGUAAACAUAUUUUGCACGUGCAGAAAAUUACAUAAAUUAAAAUAGAUAUAAAAUAUAGUAUUUUAAAGCUAUUUAUUUUUUAGAAUACACAAAACAGACUAAAGUAGACUAUUUUAAACCUAUUUCACAUUUUAAAAAAUGCCACACUUUUCAAAUAGGGAUAAAAUAUACUAUUUUAAACCUAUUUACUUUCCCUAAUUUGCAAAAUAUAAUAAAAUACACUAUUUUAAUCCUAUUUUACAUUUACAGGAAUUCAGGAUUAAGCACGUAAAUUUGUACAACAUCAAUAAGUUUAAAACACUUUACCCUUAAUAAAGUUAUAGAUCGCCGAUCUUAUAGAUCUAAAACUGUCUGUACCAGUGUAGGUAGUACCAAUGUGAAAAUGCUGUGCUGAGUGGUUAUAUUACUACCUUAAAACAAGCAGAAACUCGACGUUUCGAGCGAAGGCCCUUCGUCAAGAAUUAGUAGCCAACUCUUGACGAAGGGCCGCUACUAACUCUUGACGAAGGGCCUUCGCUCGAAACGUCGAGUUUCUGCUUGUUUUUUUAAGGUAGCACAAGAUCUUAUAGAUCGUCGUUGAUCAGCGUUGCAUUUGUCAGUUAUCAUUACAGUCAAUUUCAACUUACUUUCCCCUAAAAUGUUGCUUACUUUUCACUAAAAUUUCGUUCCGAACUUCACAAACAGGUUUAUAAACUGAGCAUUUGAUUGGCUGGUUUGAUUUAAUAGCCAAUCAGAGGCUAUGUUUACAAACCUAUUUGUGAAAUUCAUUAUGAACUUUUGAACUUGGCAACGAAUUUCAGUGCCUUUUUUAAGGAAUUUUCACUGGGGGGGGAAGGGGGGGGCAAAACAGAAAAAAGGCAGAACGAAAAAUGUGAGCCGUCGAGGUUUGGCAAACGCGCGACUGGCGCGAGUCUGAAGAGAGAUUUUGUUGUAAAACUUUAAUUUAUUAACUUCAGCUAUAUUUUACUUUAAACAAUAACUUCAACUCUUUGUAGCUAUAAUCGUACAGCUAUAACCAGUGGCGUAGCCAAACCUUAAUUUUGCGGGGGCGAACCUGUGAGACCGUCUAGGAGGGUCCGGGGUCCGGAAAAUUAUGAAAUCUAGGGUCCCUGAAUUGCGAUUUCAUGCAUGAUUUUGGGGGUUAAAUCUUGCAGAAUUCCGAAGAUUAUAAAGUACAUCGAAGACAAGAAUAUUUCCAGACAUUUCUACUCGGAAUUAAAUAAAUUGGAAAAGUCACCUUGAAAAAUAGGAGUAGGGGUCAGUGUCACCUUAUUUCCUCUCUGUGAUGCCGGGGGGGGGAUCCCAAUGUGAUUUUGAUCAGAAAUGUUGCAUUUAAAUCAUUUUAGGUUCUAUGAGACACCAUUUCCGCAUUCUAAAAGUUGUGUUGCUUUUUCAUACGAUACAGAAUAAGUCUGAGAAGAAAUAUUCAUGCUAUGAUGAUGCAUACAUGUAUUUAGCAGUUAAAAAUCUAAACUAAAUCUAAUCUUCGUGGAACCAUAUCUACAACUGCUUUAACGAGAUUUCACACAAAUCAAGUUCCUCCAGUAUAUCGUCUUUUUCCUCAGUCGAAACGUAUUUAAUCAGUUUCAGCUUCGAGCAUGUAACGUGUACCCCACCCCCACCCCCACCCAAUUUCUCUACGGAUUUAUCCUUUCUGAGAGAAUGGUUUUUGUGGCGAUUGGGGGGGGGGGGCUCUUAAUAUAACUUGAUAUUUUUAAGAAACAAAUUUUGCAAUAAAACCUAACAAAACACAACGCCUCUGCGGAGGAGAGUGCUAGGAAAUAGUCGCAAGGCUUGGAAAGGCUAGCAUUUUAUCGGAUUGUUUGCAUGAAAUCUAUCGCUAUUAUGAAAUACUCGGUGAAGAACAAUAUGAAUUACACACAAGAUGGCUGUGGAGGAGGCUAUGGAAGGGCAUAAUCUCAUUAUCAAGUAAAUCAACUACAAUUCUGACAGCAAUCAUGAGCAAUUCUGCUUCGCACUUCGGGGGCAGAAAUGGCUUUACUGGGGGGCAAAUUCUUUCCCUGGGGGGGCAAUUGCCCCCCCCCCCCAGAUAUAUAGUUAAAAAGGCACUGUUUCAAAUUCUGACUUUCUAAUCUAGAUUAUCUUGCAAAUGCAACUGGUUGGUCAUACCUGAUGUGGACCUAUAUGAUGAGCAACAGUUCACGUGCCCAACUUCAAAAAUUACUUCAAAUCUAUUGGAUGGAUAUCUUAGACAGAAUAACGAAAGAAAUGAGCAUAUUUUCCGGCGGAAAUGGACUGGAACGAGGAAUGAUUUGAUAAAUAAAAUUAGAAAUGGAAGUAUUAAUUCCUUUUGUGAUCCAGGACGUUCUGGUAUGGAUAAUAUAUAAGAUUUAAUAUAAAGACAUAAACAAUAUUAUUUUUUAGUUAUAAACGAUAUACUAUUCGAUAUAAUUGCGUUAUAGUCAUACCGAGAUUUUACCUUUACGCGUUAAUGUUCUCAAUAGCUCACAUUUGUUUUCCAAUUUCCAUGUUUCAGAAACGACUGUUUUACACACAUGUAAGAAUGGGCAAUACGAUUCUACUGAAGUAACAUAUAAAUAUAACAGCGAUCCAGGCAAGAUGUAUGAAGCAGAUAACAUUUACAUCUUCUUUAGUAAGUUGUUUAAAAUAAUAAUUUAAUAUUCUAUCAAUGUGUUUUUUUGGAUCCACAAGAGCGAAACCUGAGCAUCAUCCGGUAACUCAGUAAUAUUUUCAAACAUAAACUGAAAAAGUUGACUCAAAUCCGAAAUUGAGGUUUUGAAUAUACGUACCAUUCUUGCAAUAAAUAUAGUGAACUUUUCCAUUUCGAGGAUUCGAUCAAAUUGAUCACUUAAAUUUCUAAUAAAAUUAUCUACUGUUAUGGUUGGUUCAAAGUAUCAACACAUAAGUAGUACGAUUGACCAAUUUCUACAGUCUUGGCCAAAAACCGUAGGCCAUAAGUUCAUACUGGAACGAUUAAGCGCUUGCGCAAGUUUUCAAUUACGUUAACUUUUGCCACAUUGUAUAACGACGGUGGCCCCCUCCCCAUUCAAUCUUGUAUCAAUCAUAGGAGUGUUGUCCUAGAUUUCUAGCUAUUAAUUUUAAGUAAAUCAACAUUGAACGGGGGGGGGAGUGGGGAGUACAUGCAUGGGAAAAACCUGUGCCGCGUUCAAGAUUGUAGCUCUUAAUUAGGAGCUGUUUAUAUAUGAGAGGCGGGACGGGACGUUUGCCGGGACGAGAUAAUGAAUGGGAUCCCGGCUUGUAUAUACAUUUCUCUUAUACAGUAUUUAUCACCAGAUGUUUUUGUGGAAGUGGGUCGUUUUUUUGUGCCGGGACGAUAUUAUGCUAUUUCCAUAUAAACAAUUCGUCCCGCCUGGCCGGGACGAUAUUAUGCUGACAUUGCAAUAUAUGGGUGUCCCUUUGUCACGACGGGACAAAGAACGUCCCGCCUCUCAGAAACACAUCGACGUUUCUCAGCUACAACAUCUGCUCACCCACUUUAUUCUGUCUGAUGAUAAUUGUAUGGUUUUCUGAAAGGUUCAUAUAGUUCAUGUAAUGAUGCCAUCGUUUUAUAUUGUAUAGACAAUGGUGAUGAUGGCAGAGCAUCUACUCUAUCGAGCAAAGAAGCAAAAUGCACUAUGCUUUUUGCUGUUAACGUAACAGAUAAUAAGAGGGCAGUAUACGGCAUGAACUUCGAUAAAGCAGGUAUUAAGAAAGUAGUAUUUCCAUAUGGGAUGUACUUGACAAAAUAUUUUAGUUCCAUGCUAAAUUAACAUUUAGAGGUAGUGGUAUGUUUUUAAAAAUGUCGAUAAUAAAAUUGGAAUUAAUAGAUUUUAUUGGCAUGACCUUUCUUGCAGGUAUUAAUAAAGCGUUAACCUAAUAUAAUAGCGCAAUCUAUAGUAGCUGAAUAAACUACAAAGUACAAUCUACACUACAUAUAACAAAUUACCAUAUUUAUUAAAACAAAGUAGAAGUGACUAUGUACUAGUACUGAAGUGACUAUCUACAAAGUAGAAGUGACUAAGCACGCGUAGGAGUGUUUUAUCACAUAUAAAACACGACGCGUAGCGGAGUGUUUUAUAUGUGAUAAAACACGACUAUACAAGUGCUUUAAAUAGCUUAAAAAACGACUCAUCUUAUACGAGUUCAUUGGCGAAGUAAUUUUUAAAAUAAACUUUGUCUAAACCGAGAAAAUCAAAGCUAAAGUUUAUGUGAAUUAACAUGAUUUUUUAUCACAUAUAAAACCACGACACGCUUAUGAUUUUUCUUUGUGUUUUGCUCCUGAAUUAUUAAUGAUUUUUAAAUUAAUUUAUACGGUAAAGAAUAAAAGAAUGGUGUUGAUGUGCUAGGUGCGCUAUGAAAAAAAUUGAGUGAUAUAAAAAUGUGAAAUAUUUUGGAAUUGGAAAGUCAGUCAAAGGGCCCUUUUCAUAAUACAAGUGUAGCAUAAUAAAAUUAAAUAAAAGUGGCAUCCAGUCACGAUUCAGUGGCAGAAUGUUCCAUUAUCUUAUGAUUCUUAUCAAUACAGAAAAUCGUGCUUUUUGAAUCGGAUUAAGAGAAAUCGUCUAUGUUUGUUACGCAUAUAUGCGUGUUACAGCACGUCCGGACAGAUAUCAAAAGCAGUGCAGCAGAUAAAUAUUUUUAUAAAUAUUAUGUAUACAGCUAUUUCAAUUAAGAUUGUCCCCUGAGCAAAGCGGAAAAGUCGAAUACGAGCGCGAAAGGCUUCUGAGUUCUGGGAAUCGCUAAUAAAUGAAUGAGUUUAUUAGCGAUUCCCAGCAGCCUUUCGCGCUCGCAUUCGACUUUUCCGAUUUGCUCGGGGGACAACCUUAAUUGAAAUAGCUGUAUAUACAUAUAAAUAUAGCACAAUCGAUAUCUGUAUACAAUUUAAGUAAGGGGUGUCUUCCAAAAUUAGCAUGACAUUGCAUGUAAAUGUGACAAGGUCAAAGGAGGCUAGGGUACCUUGUUAAUCCCAUUCAAUUGUAACUGCAACUGCUUUCAACCCUUAAUUUGACUAAACCAUUUAUUAUAUUUUCCAGCUUUGACCGGUACUAAGAAUUGUAAAUUAUCCUCGUGUCCUCGGUCCUCGAUAACCCCAAGUGUGGUUGCCUCUCCUGCCACGAUACCAGUAAUAACAUCAACAACAACACCAACAACAACAACAUCAACAACAACAUCAACAACACCUAUGCUAAGUGGACCACAAGGUACAGAGGUAGCACCAAAUUCAACGAAAAUUAUUGGGUCGGCAAAACCUGCAGGUACAGUACUCAGUAGUUUACUUGUUGUUGUCAAGAGAGGUUGAAGGAUAAUCCAUUUUUGAAAGAAAGAGAAUGACGAGGGACACCAUUAAUGGUGUGGACGUUGUAGGCCUACAGUAGAUUUAUGAAAGCAAAUCGUAACUUAUUUACUUAUUUUCAUUCUACAGCAACCCAAAAGCCAAACAGCCCAGUUCCAUGUACUGACAACUGGCUGAAUGUCACAAUUUUCAUUGUGGCAAUCAUUGGUGCGUUUCUUGCUGGCAUGUUCUCCAUUGUAUUCGUUUUUGCCUUGAAAAUAGCGUUGAAUAAAAAAGGUAGACAUUUCACUAUUUAGCCAAUUUAUAUAUUUACUAGAUGAAUGCGUAAAUAUUAUGUCUUGUGUUCAUUUGAAAUUUAAGUAAAAUUUGCAAAACAUACACAGACCCAGUUUGAAUUCUUACUUACACUCAAAUUUCAGUUUCCACUGAUCAAGAACCGUCUUUAAAAACGUUAUUUCAAUGUUCUUAUUCGUGUUGUUCAUAUUUAGUUAGGAAGACGGAACCCGAAUCGUUAACGUUAGAGAAUCUACGUAAGUAAAAACAUCACGAACUGUGUAUAGUUUGCAAAUUUUAACCGUGAACUCUACAUGUAAACUUUAAUAAUCAGUUUACAUUGCCCAUUGGAAUUGCCAGGUUUCAACACGUCUAAGUCUAGGGGUCCACUUGCCUGCACUAUACUUCCAUUCCAUCCCAAAUAUCAAUUAAGUUUCCUAAGCUAUGUCUAUAGUGCAUGUGUUUCUUUACAAUACUGUUUAGCUUAGUCACUGUCUUCAUAUAUUUCCCAGUCGUCUUCUGAGAGAUGCGCGUGAAAUUAUACCAUCAACUCAUUUCCAUGUGAUGAAGUAAAGAAGAGUAUUGAAAACGUCGUUUUAUAAUUAUAGAUACUUAGUCUUAUAGCUUGAAGGCAAAUUAAAAGGUCUACAAUCUAAUUUUUUUUGUAGAUCGUUUUAGUGCUAAUGGCAAAGAAUCUUCACCGUAUGGUUCGCCAAGACAGACUGAAGUAUGUCAUGACGAAGGACAAAAAGCAAAAGAGAAAAAUCAGUUCAUUGAUAAGCUAUAACAUGAAGUGGUCAUGGCUGAGUUUAUCGAGUGUCGACGAACAGUGAUAGAUACACAGGUUCCAACUAGCCCUCCCUCUUUCUGUGACACACAUUCACCUAAAUGACAUACAAUGUCAUCCACCUAAAUGACACACAUCCACCUAAAUGACACACAUCCACCUAAAUGACACACAUCCACCUAAAUGACACACAUCCACCUAAAUGACACACAUCCACAGGGCCGCCGAGAGGUUGGCUGAGGCCCGGGGCAAAUUUUUUUAGGGGCCCCUAUUUCAAAAUUUUUUUUUGGGUACAACUCCCCCCCCCCCGUCGACAAGAAAAAAAUUUUCCGGACGAGUGCUUUGCAAUUGCUUUCCAGGAACUUUAUCUCAAUUUUCCAUACCAAAUUUCGGUACUUAACCCAAAAAACAAAUAUCUUGCCCUUUACGCGGAAAUAUUUAACCCACAAAAAUUUUCAGGGGCCCCCAGCACCUCGGGGCCCGAGGCAAUUUCUCCCCCCUCCCUGCCCCCCCCUCUCGGCGACCCUGCACAUCCACCUAAAAUGACACACAUCCACCCACCCCCACCCCCAACGACUGAUUUUACUAAACAAAAGUGAAUGGUAAAUUAGGGAAGAAAUACUUUGAUUGAUGAAAAAUGAGUGUUAAACACGAGCAAAGCAAGUGAUGAGAUUAACAUUAUAUUAAUAAAAUAGAGAUUAUACUUUAUAUAUAAAGUUAAUUAAUUCAUAUUGGUAAUUAAAGUUAUGUAAGAUUUAGAGUAUAUUGACUAUUGUAAAUUAUGGAG